AUGACAUCGGCUGCUGGUAUCUACGAUGACGACUUGAACAUUGCCCACUCCGUCUUACUCAAGAGCCAGCAGCAAUUCAUCAUCCGGACAACCUUUUCAUGGCUGCCCGUCCUGUCUCUCGGCCGCCAGCUGUUGACACUGCCGCUCUUUUGCUCAAUCAUUCUCCUCCAGCUGGCAAUCCUCGCCGUGAUUAAAAAUGGCCUUGUUCAGACCUCAUGCCGGAAAAUGGCAAAAACGAAGCCGACCUCGCUCGACGGCCGAAGCCAAAAGCUGUCAAAACCAACCUGGAAGCCCAAAGACCCAGCUGAACCAAAUCUAAAGCCAGCAUCUCCCCCCAAAACAAAUCCCUGGAAUCGAAACCCGAUCCCAGCAGUUUCCGAACACGAAGAAUCCUCCGUCAAGACUCAACCACUGGCGGAUGAAGAAUUCCCAGAGCUGGGCACCUCUGGGGUCGCCGCCGACACUGCAGCCAGCGAAACGACAGAGACUCACGCAUCUCCGCCAUGUGACGUGUCAAAUUCAAGUUGCUCGACAAACGAAGAAACACAAUCUGAAGAGUCGAUAUCUUGCGUUUCGCGAAUCAGCACGCCGACGAGAUUGAUCCUGGAAGAGGAGGCUGAUCAAGCUGCCAAGAUCCUUUGGAGGCAUCCUUUUGGAUCAAACGUCUAUCUGUACGUAGAAAAGAGCGUGUUCCAGCUGCACCGCGAUAUCCUCACACGGCGCUCUGGGUGGUUUCGCGACAAGCUUCCUCCGCCAAACCAGGAUGGAUCGCCCAUCAAGAUACAUCUACCACACGCCAUCGGAGCAGUACAGCCUUGCCUCUUCUUCAUGUACACCAAAAACCUCGAAAUUUGCGAGCGAGACACAAACCAGCCGCUCAACUUUAUACACAUUCCCCGUUGCGUCCUUGCUUAUUGCGCAGCAGUCAACUUCCAGAUUCCCGCAAUGGCAUCGCGCAUUUUGUCCAUCCUCGAAGACACAUCCAAAGAUCUCUCCACAUAUCUCAACGCCUACUACAUCUACAAGGAAAUGGACUACAAAACCAGCAGGUCCAUUGCUACCUAUUUUAUCAAUUCCAUCGACAUUUUGUAUUCAGAACCGCUAUUCGAGCUGAUGAAGCCGAUGCGACACGCUCUUGCUGGCCUCUUGGAUGCACUGCUUCCGUCUCUGCUACGCCAACCGUAUUUUCCCGAGAUUCUAUGCAUGCCCUCGUGGAAGCGAUGGUCGGCUGCCAUUGCUGCGGACCAAGUAGAAUACCGAACGGCACUUGGCCACUACCGAUCGUCGACAGAGUCCAUCUUGCCGAGUGAGCUUGAGCUGGGAGCUUUAUUUGAUCGUGUGCUAGGGCAAUACGACAUAUGCCAGAAAAACAAAGCCUACGCCAAAAAUUAUCCCGAUGAACAGGAACAUAUCAGAAGAGGCACCCCUGAUAAUUUUAAUGGACAAAGCAGAGCUUCAACAUGCAAGUCCUGGGAGAAACGAUACGCCGAUAUCAAAGAGUACAGCGAAGAAGAGUCCACGCUGGUGUACCAAGCUCCAAGGGUUGCGGGGAGCACAGGCAGCGAGACCGGCACCUGGAACUCGUUUGGCACAGACGGCGCCGACGCAGACACAGCAGAAGCGGAAGCGGAAGCAGAGAGGCCAUCGACCACUAGCCCCAGAGUGUACCAUAACAGAUGUAUGAGGAGUAAGUCCAAUGCAUCAACAGCAGGGGGAGGCCAAGGCAUGAGCGGUAAGAAGACGAAAAGAUGA